AUGCAGCUAUCCCAGGCCAACCAAUCACACCUCUGGACCGCCGUCACCUCAGGUGCCCUCGCAAGCCACCCUCCCCCCCCCCCCCCCCCCCCCACUGUCCAAGCAGCCCAUUCCUCUGGGGUAACGCCUCCUGCCCUGCCCUCUCCUCCUCCCAGCUUCUUUCCCCCCUGCCCACCCCGGCCUCUCCUCUUCAUGCUCUCACCCAUUCAUCCUUCUAUGCCCUCGUGCACUCUACCUGCAUCCUCUGCAUCUUGCACAUUCUCUCACGUGCCUGCUUCACCACAGCUUUAUCCCUUUGUUAUUGGCCAGAUUCCCUACCUUCUUCUCCUUGGUCCCGCCUUGUGCACCUCGCCCUGCCUCGUUGGCAGGCGACCUGGAGUCAUUACAGCGAGUGCUAUCGCUGCUCAACAUCACUCUCUUCCUCCCACCGCUCUCCAUCUCCUCCUCCCCCUCGAUGCGCUCGCUUGCCCUCCACCACUCCACGCACCCUCUCAGUGGCUCGCAAGCGCAGCAGGCGCGGCCACAGAAGCAGACGCAUCAGCGGGAGAGGGGAGGUUGGUGGCGGAGGUGGGGGGGGUGAGGAGCUGGCGGGAAGUGGAGAUGGCCAUGCGUGUGGUGCCGGGGGUGCAGGCGGAGCAUGCAGGAGGGGCCGCAGGCACUGGCAUGGAAGAGCUGACCAUCGGUGCGGCUCGUGCGGCAGCACUGCCCCACCUCGCCCGGUGCUUCGCCCCACUGCCUGUGCGCGGCAUGGCUGCAGCUGAAGAAGUGCCCCUUGUCGCGCACAGCAGUGCUGCCAGUGCAGCAGCAGCGGCAGCAGCACCGGCAGCAGUGGAUGCAGGGCCAGUAGGAGCGGAGAGGGUCGAAGAGCGUGGAGAUGAGGGCAGUGAGCGAGAGCAGCAAGGAGCAGGGAGGAAGCUUAUAGAUGAUCAACAAGGGCAGGCGCUACCCACCCGUUGUGCGUUCCAAGGCACGGAGCACCAUUCGAAUUCUGGACACCUCACUCACCACUGCUCGCUCCAUCCCCACUCCUCAACUGCGGGCCUGCCCCACCGUGUCAUCGUGACUGACCCCUUGCGAUCCCGCGCCAUGGAUUACGCCGACGCCGAGGUGUGCGUCGACGCGCUCUUCGCCUGCCCCCCCAUCGACCCCUUCCCGCUCGACUUCCCCCUCGAUCCCUUUCCCCCCAGUGCGUUUCUCUUCGACUCAACUCCCUUAGACGCGUCGUUCUUCGACUCGUGUUCCGGGGCCUUCCCCGGCGACCAUCAACACCAUCAGCUCCCUUGCCGCGAUUCCCUCUCUGCCGACCAGCCCAUUCCCCACGCCGUCGCCGCUCCCCGCUCGCCCGUGCGCCACCCGUGCCCGUCGCAGCAGCUCCAACCCCCGCCCGCAUUAACAGCGGCAUCCGCCUCGUCCCUACCCCGCGGCGGCCCCGCCUCUCUCAUUUCCGCCGCGGCCCUUCCCGAGACAGUCGUGUGCACCAGCAGCAACGGCAGCGGGGGCGCGGGAGGACGGGAGCAGGCGGGGGAAGGCGGGAAUGUAGCGGAACAGUUAGAGCAUCCACCUCGCGGCGCAGCGGCGCCGCUGCACCGCGGCGUCGUGCCGCCGCCCGCGACGGCCUCCGCCAAUUCGGACGCGCAGAGCUACGCGCGCGCUGCUGCCCCGCGCGGGAGCGCCUGCCGACCCGCGGACCUGACGGGGCGACUGGCGGCGGUGCUCAAGGGACUGGCGGAGGGCGCGCGCGACGGGAAUAGACGCGCGGCGGAACUUGCGCGAAGUGACGGGCGGGACGGGGCGGAGGUGCGGGGAGACGCAUGGGGGGCGGCGACGGGGGCAAAGAGGGACGUGGAUGGGCGGCGGGGCUGGCGUGAGGCGCGGAACGGCGAUGGAGAGGGGGAGCGGCGGAAGAGGACGUGCGUGGGGAGCACGGGGAGAGAGGGCGAGCAGAAUGGAGGCGCGCGCGUGGGCGGGGCGGCGGUGGUGUGCGCAGCGCAGGGCGGGGUAGCAGCAGUAGUGGCGGCGGGGGAGGCGGAGGCAGCAGGUAUGGCGGAACAGGCAGCGGCGCUGGCAGGCGCAGCAGCACAGGAGGGCGUGGCGCUGCUGGCACACGCACAGGCGGUGGCAGCAGAGGGACGGGCAGCGCACAGGCGGGGAGAGGGAGAGUUAGGGCAGACGGGGCGGUCAGCGCGGGAGCCUCGUGAGGAGGAGCAGCAAGAGGACAUGCGGGGCGAGACGGCGCUGAGCCGACGAAGCGCAGCAGCGGCAGCAGCAGCAGCAGUGGGGGGGGAAACAACUGCCCUGUGGUUCACUCCGCCCUUGUCUCGGCGCCUGCAGGUGUCGUGGGCGGGUGAUGGCGUGGCAGCGGGCAUGAUGGGGGGCGCGCAGCAGGAGGCGGAGGCAGUGCGCGUGAGGAACCUGGUGAUGGCACUGGGGGAGGCGCACGCCACUCAGGACACUGUGAGUGCUGACACAUUGUGA